UAAAAUUAUUUAGAGAUGUCUAAUUUUAUUAAUAAACUUCCUACAAUCAGGAAAAUGAGUUUUUCAAAAAGUUAUAGUUUAGUUCCUGGUGCUAAUAGCUUUUUUGAUUUCCUUUUAUCCAGGGCAUCAAGUGGACAAAAAACAACCAGAGAAGAAUCUCAACCAAAAAUGACUGAAGCCGAAAUCGCCAUGGAGGAGAAGUUGAGGAAGAAGAAGGAGGAGGAUGAAGCCAUGUGGGCAGAAUACAUCGCCCAAUGGAGGAAACAGCGAGCAAAGGAGGAGGAAGAGCUCAGGAAGCUCAAAGAACGACAAGCGAAACGAAAAGAAAUAAGAGCCGAGCAGGAGAAGCGAAUGAUGGAACUGAAGAGGCGACAGGAAGAGCAGAGACAACGAGAGAUUGAAGAGAAGAAACAGAAGGAGGCCGAGGCUAAGCGCAAACGCUUAGAAGAAGCCGAAAAGAAAAGGCAAGCUAUGUUGGAAGAGCAGAAGAAAUUGAAAGAGGGCGUCAAGCCUAAUUUCGUUAUUCAAAAGAAAGAGGGUGCUGGUCCAAUUAUCCCUGCUCAUGCUGGUGGUAUGGAUAAGAUGGGUACACUGGAGCAAGCUCGUGCCGAGAUGUCCAAAUCCAAAGAACAGCUGGCCGAGGACAAACAGAUUGCUCUGACCUAUCGUAUCAAGCCUCUGAACAUCGAAGGUCUGUCAUCUGACAAGUUGCGUGGUGUUGCUGAGGAAUUGUGGACCAAGAUUGUCCAACUUGAGAGUGAAAAAUACGACUUGGAAGAGAAGAUGAAGAGACAGGACUACGAUUUGAGGGAACUCACUGAAAGGCAAAAGCAAAUUAACAGGCAGAAGGCUCUCAAGAAGGGUAUUGACCCUGUGGAAGCUGAAGGAAAAUACCCGCCGAAGAUUUCUGUUGCCAGCAAAUAUGAGCGUCGUCUGGAUCGCAGGACUUUUGCUCACAAGAAAUCUUGGUUUGAGGAAGGUUUGGAAAAAACUAUGAAGGAUAUUAUGGAGAAGUCCUGGGCUGAGCGUAUGACCUCCUUCAAGGAGAGGGGCCCCAAAACUCUUCCCAAGUGGGAUCCUACCGCACCCAAAGUGAAGGAGGUCGUUGAACACAGAACGUAUGACGACGACGACUUGCUAGACCUUGAACCACCAUCCUUCGGACUGCCUGAGCCCGAACCAACCAAGGCACCAUCUCCACCUGCAGAAGAGGAGGAGGAAGAAGAAGAAGAAGAGGAGGAGGAGGAGGAAGAGGAUGAGGAAGAAGAAGAAGAAGAAGAAGAGGAAGAAGAAUAAACAUAUUUUUCAUAAAGAAAACUGUAACCUGAUUUCCUGGAGUAUCCUGGCAAAUAGGUGUGAAUAGAUGUAUUUUCUUAAAAAAUCAUGAUUUUGCAGAAAACACGGACUAAAAAAAAAUUCGUCAUUUUCUAACAAAAGUACAUGAAACUAAAGGAAAAGGUACGAAAAUGUGAAAAUCUGGAUAAUUUACUGAAAAGGGAGCCAAGAUGCUCAGUCAUUCCUCAAUUCCUCUUCGACUCGGUUUUCCAUUCGCUUAUUUUAUUCGCUGUAAAUUGUAUUAAAGAAAAAAAAUGUAAAACAAUCUGUAAUUAAAAUAUAUCUCUGUUCACUUUCUGUUUGUACUCUUCUAUGACGGUUACUUUAACAGAGCAUGCGCAUUGUUAAGAAAAUCUAUUCAUCUGUGGUGAAUUGUAUGCUUGUAUGUAUCUGUUAAAUGUAAUCUGAUAUUUAUUAAAAGCUGCAAUGUUUUACUCAA